CUGCCACCAUGUCGGGGAAUUUCGAGGUCAUGAACUUGGACAUGAAGCCGGGGUCAACCCUGAAGAUCAAGGGCAAGAUUUCCAGUGACGCUGAUGGAUUUGCCCUUAAUCUGGGCCAGGGGUCAUCCAAGCUGGACCUGCAUUUCAACCCACGCUUCCAUGAGUCCGUCAUCGUCUGCAACUCACUGGAUGGCUCCUGGGGGGAGGAGCAAAGGGAUGGUCACAUGUGCUUCAGCCCAGGGUCAGAGGUCAAGCUCACCGUGACCUUCGAGAAUGACGGAUUCAAAGUGAAGCUGCCAGACGGGCACGAGCUGACCUUUCCCAACAGAAUGGGCCACAGCCACCUGAGCUACCUGAGCAUGCACGGCGGGUUCAAGGUCACCUCCUUCAAGAUCAACUGAGCGGACAGCACCUCACGGGAGUGCAAGGCCGCCGUGCACAUUCCCUACCCUGAGCUUCCCACUUAGGCACAGAGCAGCAGCGGCUGAGUCUGGGCCCCUGAGACCCUACUUCGCUGACCCCCCCCACCCCCGCACCCCGAAGGCUAAGCACAAACAA